AUGAUCAUUAUUAGAAAAGCAACGAUUGACGAUUUGAUGGGUAUGCAAAAUGCAAACCUUCAUAAUUUGCCUGAAAACUAUCAUUUUAAAUACUAUCUUUACCACUGUGAAUCAUGGCCUCAAGCUUCAUAUGUGGCUACCACCAAAACAUAUAAUGGAUCAGAGCGAAUUGUUGGGUAUUCUUUAGCAAAAAUGGAUGACGAUACUACCCAAGGUUCUGAAGCAUCGUUGAAUGGUCACAUCACUUCAUUAUCAGUAAUGAGAAACUACCGAAAACUUGGAAUUGCUGAAAAACUUAUGAGACAAUCAUUAAGAGCUCUUGCAGAAACCUUUGGAGCCAAGCAUGUCUUUUUACAUGUUCGACAAUCAAACCAAGCUGCUAUACAUCUUUACAAAGAUUCUUUGCAAUUUGAUGUUAAGGAAAUUGUCAGCAAAUAUUAUGGAGAUGGAGAGGAUGCUUAUUAUAUGAAAAAAAAUUUAGAUGUUUUUAUUCCAGACGAAAUUUAUGAUGAUGAUGAAGAUUUAUUAGCAACGGCACUUAUUGCAGAUACAUCGGCUAUUAAAAUAUCACAAUGA